CACGCAACGGAGUGCUUUCAACCAAUUCCCGCCUACAUCUUGCACAUACUGAAAAGAUGCAGGUGUCACAGUACUUCGGUAUCGCUGCAGUCGUCGUCCUCUUCGUUUAUAUCAUCGCCAAGAUAUUUCAAGGAAAAGAAAAGAAGCGAUCUGCAAGGCCUGGAACGGUAGUUCUACACCAGUUUCCUCCUUCCGAGCUCUGUGUUUCGGGUUCUCCGCCGUGUUUGAAGUUGGAAACUUUCCUCCGCAUGACAAAGAUCCCGUACGAAAAUGAAUACAGUUUUAAAUUCUCCAAAAAAGGCAAAAUGCCGUGGAUUGAGUUCAACGGGCGUGACACAGCAGACUCUAAUUUUUGUAUUCGGUUCCUGACGAAAGAGUUCAAAAUUGACAUCGAUUCUCACUUGAAUUCCGAUCAAAAAGCUAUCGCGCACUCUGUUCGAACUAUGUUGGAGGAAAAUACCUACUGGGCCCUUGUGUACUACCGGGUCUUUUCUCCCAGCUUUGCUGAGAAAUUUCGCGAGAUACUGUUUGGUCAUCUCAUCAUGCCGAUCAAGUAUCUUUUAUACUAUAUGUUCCAGCGAAGGUACAAGAAGGAUUUAUGGUCGCACGGAAUGGGUCGACACUCGGAGCAGGAGCUCUAUGGAAUAGCGGAAAGGGAUCUUCUUGCUGUGUCAGAAAUUUUGGGGCAGAAGAAGUUCCUGUUUGGUGAAAAGCCUUGCCUUGCUGACGCUGCAGUAUUCGCUUUUGUCUGUGGAGCAACUUGGGAGUGUCCACAAAGUCCUUUUGCCGAGCUCACGGCCAAGACGAAAGCUCAGAAUCUUCAGAGACAUGCUCAGCGAAUGAAGGAGCUGUAUUUUCCAGACUGGGAUGAUAUCAUUUCAAAGAAACCUAAGUCUGCCUGAAGCUAGAAGUUUCCGUAAUCUCACGACCUUCUUAGUUACGUUUUAUGAUACAUUCCCAUGCCUUCUUCGCUUUGUUUUUCUGUUUUCAAUACCGCACAGAAACAGGACUGAGAGUAAUCUUGAAUACUAACUUUGCUUUUAUUUCACAUUUCUAAGUUCCAAUCCCAUGAUUACCUAAGAGUUUCGAAAGAGUCUUUGUGAGCAGCAGUUUCAAUCAACGCCGGUUUCUGGAGGUUUAAACCCACUUGCAAAUUGUGACGAUAAGUUUUUUUCGAACUUAGUGGUCUUUUGCGGGGAACGCAACAAUAACGGGGAAAAGAGCUCGGUAGAGACCAUUUGGUAGCGAGAACGGAAACUCGUCACGGUUUCCUGACCUGCUUCAAGUGAGCUUGCUACGAACGUCAAGGAUCAGACAGCGUUUGGUUCCACAGUAAUUUUAUUUUAGUUCAUGCGGACAGUUGACAUCACCUUUAGCAAACUCAAUUAUGUAAUCGAAAAAGCUUACUUGCUUAUGUAUCAGUGGGUGCGAGGUUCUAUUAUCACACAAACUACAAUAUUUGAAUACGGUUACAAUAGAGUGGAAAAUGUGUCUUUGUAGUUAAGCGAUUUUAUUAAAAUAUUCCAUCUGUUCGGAAAGAAUUUCAAAAGUAAGAUAGCGGAUAAAAUAGACUCUACGCCAUUUAAAAAGAACAAACUUACGUCAAAACUCACAGCUCUGAAGUUAAAAACACCCAUCCUAGUUGCGGAUGAGCAGCUUAGGAAAUAUAAGUGAGCAGUAAAAAUAAUUUCUGUUUAUUUAUGCGAUGUUGGUGUUAAAUUCGGAAAAUUAAUCCUGCAUGAAAGGAAAGCGAACUUACGUGCACAAACUCAGCUAUCAACUUCCAUAAGAACCAAUUUUCAGAAAGAUCAUUAGCACUUAUAUUUAUAUUUCCGGAAAGAGCAUUAACACUUAUAUUGAAAUGCAAUUUCAACAGUAAUGGUCAUUAAAGCACCGAUAUACA